CUUCACAGUACACAGGGACCGCUCGACAACGACAUCGCCAAACGGAGAAGAAUAGUUUUUGACAGGUGGCGGAAACAAGCCAAGAAGAAACAAAAGAAGGUCGAUUUGUUUUCUAAACUGACUGAAGCCAGAAUUCCUAGUGACGCGUACCUGGCUAUAUUUUUACUCAGUAUAAUACCACAUUGAAUUAGAGGGUUUCUAGAGGUUUUUCAAGGAUGUCUGACAGCAAAACCCCAGAAUCACCAACAAAGGAACAAGUGGACAACAAGGAGGCAGAAGACAAGAAAGACAAAAUGGCGUACGAAAAUGAUUCUGAGAAGGGAGAUAAUGAACCUGAAAAGUGUGAAAAGAACGAAAAUGAGGAGAAUGAAAAAAACGCCAAGAAUGGAAGUAUCAAAAGCAAGAAAAAAAUCAAGACUGACGGAGACGCGGAAGGUGGGAACAAUGGCGAGUAUACGGAGGAGGAGCUGGCCGAAUUGGAAGCCAUCGAGAAGGAAAAUAAGAAUGAUUGUUACUACGUGCUGUUGGCGAUUGUCUUGGGAAUGGGGCUCUUUGGGGUGUUGGUUUAUUUCUCUGUUCAAAGCUUUUUCCUGGAGCAGAAGAUACCUGCAGCAGGUUACAACGCCUCUCUGUCGCCGCCUAACACUACCAUGAUACCGAAUACCACUAUCACCGACGCCAAGACGACUACGACUUCUACUACUACUACUACUGCGCCGGUGCCUGCUUUGUUCAACUCGCGUUUUGGGGGUGAUCGCUCAGCACUUACGAGGCAAGCAUCACCCAUGCGACUUGCACCUCAAGAUGACGUUGCCAGUGCAUCUACAACUACCACCGCCGCCCCAACUACUGCCAGAGCACGUCAACCGGAAACAAGGAUGCUGAGGAGAUUGACACCAUAAUUUAGCGAAGUGUGACGUCGCAGUUCCAAAACAAGAUUUCACUGGAAAACUAUGGCGACGAAAUUGCGAUCUAAUACACUAGAGUUGUGUGAUUCUU